AUGGCUGAAGCUGGGCCGUCAUCUGGCCCCCCUAGCGUAGCCGUGCGUUUGAAGUUUUUUGCCGGAUCCUCGAAGCAAUUGUCCCGGGAUGAGUUAAGAGAGCUUCUGCAUGUUGCCGAAAUCUGCAAAGCCUACCUGAAAGAGCGUGCUGUUGAACUCCUCCAGAACAACGCGGGCCAACCUUGCCUUUUCCAGUAUUCCUGCGAUACAACACCUGUAUCUUCGAGGAAAUACUUGACACGACAACAUGGGAGCAUCAAGGUGCAGCGAACUUGCAAGAGCUCAUCCGACUAUUUUGUUCAGCAAAUGUUUUUGUAUAUUCCGUCGCAUGACAAUGGCUAUCAUUGCACGAUUCUGUUUCGGGAGCCUUUGCCCUUGGCUUACGGCAAGACAAUGAAGGCGCUGUUUUCAGCAGCAUGUACUUGCCCAGGCUUGUCCCUCAACGGCGUUGGGCCGGAUGUGAUUAGCAUUCACCAUCAGUGCCACGACCGUGCCGUAACUUUCGACUUUGUUGGAAGCCUCUCUGGUUGGUGGUCCAAGCAAGUUGGUGUGUCAGAAGCAGCAGCGGGUCCUGCAGCCGCUGAUUCCGACGACGAGAAGCUCUUUGAAUGGCAUUCCUGGACGGCAUGCGCGGCCCAUGAUGGGCACAACAGCUGCAAGUGGGGUCAUCAAGGAUUGUUCAAUGAUUCCUUCUUGUUGGAAAGCUGCUAUGUCGGUGUUAUGGCCAUGCGAGCGUGCUUCCACCACGCCGCCUCGCACUUGGCGGACUGGUUGGUGCAAGUGCUUAGCCCAAAGCGGCAGGAUGAACUACCUGCCGUCAGUGAUCUUUUUCUGCUGUGGUGUGCACUGGGCAUAGACCAAGACAUCGCCAAGUUGUUGUCUGAGAUGCAACUUUUCUGGCUGGGUGGGACUUUGGUUGUGCUCCACAGUGUUCUCGACGACAGCAACUGGCUCGAGGCCAUUUCCACAUGCCUGCUGAGUGUAUGGCGCCCGCCGGCGUUCACCACAUCCAGGUGGUGCACAGUCGGCGCCUCCUGCAGAGGCUUGCUAUCCGGAUUGGUCACCGGUUAUCCAGCUUUUUUGCAAUGGCUACACACUGCCGGCAAGCUAGGAGAUUACGAAUGGCACGGCUGCAAACGCCUGGAUGCCAAAGUGUGGCACUUCGCCGCUGUUGUUGGGCUGUCUUCCUACGUUUCUGACAGUUUCUUGGCCAAAGUACUGAAGGAUUCUCGAGUGGCCCAGACGCAGCAAUCCUUGCAAGAAGUUCUUUGGAAUGAGUUUCUAUUUUUGGAUGUUCUGCCGCAGCAAUUUUGGGACAUGUUGUCUGGCCCAGUGCAGAUGACGUCGCAAGCCGUAAGAUCUGGAGUGAUAGCUGGAGCUCUGAUUUCGUGGAGCUUCCUGGAGUGGAGGGUCCUUCUUGUCGCCAGUUCGCUUCCGUGGCGUUUGUGUUUCGGCAAUGUGGAGGCCAAUGUGGACGAAUUGCUUCAACAAGACGAGCCUCCAGACACUGGAAUUGCAUUCAAGAUCUGGGCUUUGGGUCAGGCCGGUUACAACCGCACUCGCUUGGCGCGUGCGGUGCAGCUGCUAGGCCAGUGCUCUUGGACCAGUGCGUUCACAGAGAAGCAGCACGGGUCAACCAGCGUUGUAAAGAAGCGCCACCCAGAUUACGGGGACAAUCAUUUGACAGCGAGAGCUUUCAUACACACGUUUGCUCAGAUGCUUCCAUCGUCUUCUGCUUGCGACCAGCGGCGACAACAAGUUUUGCAGAAGCUUUGCCGGACUUUGGAUAUGAAUCCAAACAGGAUCACCGGCAGGCAGGUGUACCUUGCCCAUGUCAUGCAAAAAGCGCGGGAGAAGGAGGCCUCCGACCCAAAGCAGCCCAGGUACAACCGAGCAAAGAUCAUGAAACUACACGGGCAGCAGUGGACUUCACUCCCUGAAGAGUCCAAGGCAUCGUGGGAUCGACAAGCUGCGUUUGAGAGAAGUGCCACGUGGCAGUCUCGGCAGAAGGAGUGCGACAGUCUCAAGCAGCAGUUGGGUUUGCUUAGCGAAGCAGGUUGUGGUUCUGAUUCUAAGGCACCUGGCAGUUCCAUUUCACAAUGCCGCUUGAGCACGUCUGAGCAAUGCAGACUGCAGAGCAUGAUCGACGACUCCAAGCUCACAGAGAAGUCCGUAGAGAAACUGCGCGCGAAGUCUCUGCAGUGCCCGCCGCCUGUCCCUGACCAGGACUUGGACAGUUGUCUGGGCCAUUCGCAACUCCGUCGCGACAGGCCGACGGAGAUGCCUGCAACGGCGCGGCGCAUUUGCCAGAUGAGGGAUCACUUUGCGCAGUCUGUUUUCCUUGUCGAGCAUCCGCAAGGCCCGCGAUUCUACCGGUUUCUCUUUGCUAUGCUGAACCCUGUUCGGCUUUUCCUGCUGGAUUUGGGUGACCUUGAAUGCCCUGUGCCUGCAGUGACUUCUGGCCCUCCGUGCUUCAAUCAGCAGUGGCAGGCUUCGGUGCCUUGGCAAUGGUCCUUUUUGCCUGGACGGUUUUCAUCAGCAGAAGUGUUUGACGUGUCUCCCAAUGUCCAGAUUGGGGUUUUCCUCCACAGCUGGUUUUCCUCGGAGCGCUCUUUAUGCAGUCGUGAUGUCCUUCAACCCUUAGACUUGAUUCUGGACGCUGCUGCUUCCGAGAAGAAGGUUGCCAAGGAACGCAGUGAGCCAUCGCGGAAAUCCGUGGUGGCAGAGCCAGAUGCUGAGUUGACAGCGCAGUACCCUUGGUUGCGGACUUUUGUGGGCGCAGCUGCCUCGCAUGCGACGGAUGACUGCGAAAGCACAGAUGAUGCAGAUUUUAGCUCUGAGGACAUCCAGUAUGACGACCUCUUCGAGCAACUGGAAGAGCAGCGAUGUGUGAUCAAUGCGGCUUUCGAGACCUUGGCGGAUCAGUUUCGCACCAGCCUCAUAGGCGGAGACUGGCAGCUUCGUCGCACCGGGCGGGUGGUGUAUGGCGUUAGGAUAGAUGUCAAAGCUGGCUCCUCGAUGGCGGAAUUCUGCGCCAAGUUCUCUCUGGCGAAGUCUGCAAGCUUCGAGCAGUCCGUCUACGGGGACGAACCGGGACAGGCAUUAGGGAAGCUGUUCAUCCAUCGAAUGUCGUUCUUGAUGCAGCUGUGGGAGGACCUCGGAAGGCCAGACCAAGGGAUCCCUGCGGACAGGCUCACGGACUACGUGCCCGCGCCUGACUUGGAGACAGUCUUGUCUACAACGACGGGCCGUGUCCAGCAGAGGUACCGCAAGAUUCUAGCGCUAGCUCCCAAGGCACCCAGACUACUUGCCAUGUCGUCCCAGUCCCGUGAGCGCACUCCUCCGCGAGCAGCUUCCAAGCUUGCGGCUGCGUGGCAGGCUGAGACCGAGGGUGUGAAGCAGCCGCGUCCCAAGAGGGCGCAGAACGUCGACAGUCAAGUUCGGAAGGCCAUCACUGACAACCUUCGAUCCAUGACUCCUACAGAGUUGGAUGGAAUCUUAGUGGAGGGUCUGACCUGUCGCCAGCGCCUCAAGCGCGACAAAGCCCAGGCCAGCGCUGCGGCAGGCAGCAUCCAGUUUGGCAAGCACUACUACACUAGGCUUCGCUCCAUGUACGCAGACAAGCAGAGUGUGCAGCAGAAGCUUCAGCCGGAUCCGGCUUUGGAGGUGCAGCCAGCCUUGGUGCGGGCAGCGACUGCUGCGAUGGGCCACCCACCAUGCCGAUCGCACAUGGUGCAGUUUCUGGAGCGAGCUUUGAGCUUGAAUCAGGCGGAGAUCUGCGGAAUCUAUAGGUGGACUUUGACUUUGCAUCCGGCCGGCUCUGCUGAUCAGCUGGAGGCGUGCAAGAGCGUUGUGGCUUGCGCUGCACGCCGCAAACUCCAGGCGUCAGCGGGUAAAGAGAUUGCCUUGAUGCUGGACAAGUUUGACGAGAUUCUCUUGCAAGCGUUCCUGUCCUAUGCCAAAGCUGGCUUGGGACCUGUUGAUUGGCUCUCCAACCAUGAUGAGAUGUGGCCGCUUGUGCUGCCCAAGGCCGCGACUCAGAAGGUUCUUGAGCUGGGCCCUGACGGAUCAUGGUUGGAUGUCGCUGAAGAGCUCGCAGAAAUCACGACAAGUUCUGCGCUUGGGAAGCAGCUCUUCGGCUUCGCAGCUAGGCAAGUGGUUGGCCUUCGCUUGGACAAGCUUGUGGCAGAGCAGGUGGACAAGGCAUUGACCAGAAACCCCAUCACGGCGGAGGUUGUCGCCGAAGUUCGCAACACAGCGAUGAUCCAGGUGGAGAGUUUGGCAGAGGCCGACGUCUUGAGCGGGCGGAGGACUGUCAACAUCUCCUACCGAGGCUGCGCCAUCACUGCUAAGACGACCUGCGCCGCGGAGCACUUCGACUUUGCACUUCAGGCGGCCUUGCGGGGGGCUGCCGCAGUGGCAGGCAACAUCCCAAGCUUGCCGGCUGAGGACCAGCUGUGCACUGGGAUCACGCGUGUGGCGAAGGGCACAAAGGUCGAGGCAAAGCUGUUCAAACAUGCCAAAGAAUCGCGGAGCAUGGCGCUGGCUUUGAUCAAGGCCGAGGAUUGCAAGAAUGGUGAGUCCGUCCAGGCCCGGCUCCCCUUCCGCGAGAUGCGUCUAGGUCCAGGUCAAUCGGAGGUGUUGGAAGCAUCGCGGGCGCGCUUGCUGUCCCUUGACAAGCAUGUUUGGAUCGAUCUUGCUUUUCUCGCCAAUCUGGCCGGGGAAGGCGGGCGGAAGAGGCUGCAGGACAUCUACAUGGAUACGUGUGUGCCUUCGCAGACAAAACUCAUGUCUCUCCAGCGGGCAAUCCAGUGCAGCACGAAGCUCAUGGAGUCCGACCUCUACCGCUACGUUUCGCAGGGUUCGCAGGGCAUCAUUGCUGCUGCCCAUUCGAUGCUCGAUCGGAUCGUGCAGGGCAUGCCAGUGUCCAUCGACCAGAAUGCGUCAGACUUCCUCAAGCAAGUCUCCAACUCUUACAGCUGCUUCAUCGUCCACGUCGCAGGCCACGAGACCAAGUACGACGACGAGGGGCUUCUCGUGGUCCCGGACAACGCUGAAGUGACUGUGGGCAAGGCCGCGCUGUUGCUCAAGUGGAAGGCUGUGGAGUCCGAGGCCGUUGAAAACCUCGCCUUGAAGCAGAUGGAGGCGUUUGUCACAUGGGGCCAUUUUCUCCCCGACGACCAGCGUCAGCAAGCUCACUCCAAGAUUGAACAGAUCUUGAAGGCGGCUAAAGGUAAGCGCCAGGGUGUCACCAAGAAGUCUGCAGCACCGAAACAGGGAGCUGCCAAAAAGGCUCCUCAUUCUGCACAAGCAGAUGCCAAGGAAGCCGCGAUGUCACUUUUCGCUUGA